UCAGAUCGUUACCAAUUAGAUCUGUGCCAGUAGCAUCCAGUCUCGAAGACCAGCUUGUCCUACAAAAACCCGUGCAAAACCUCGAACCCCAAGGCACAAUGGCGAAGAAAUUGAUGGUUUGUGCUUUCGUUGCGCUGGCCCUGGUUGCCGUAAUUCAGGCGAACGAUCUCAUCCUGGGUAACAUCAACGCUGGCGACCGUAUCCUCUACUCCGCGGUUUCAGCAGCUGCCGGCCUUCCCGGUGGUAUCGUUAGCCGCCAGGUAAACUACAAUAGCGUCUACAACAUUACCGCGAUUCGGGCUUACGACCGCACGCUCAAUCGCACGGGCCAAGCCCAUCUUACUGGCGGCGGUUUGUACCAGCGGUUCGCCUAUCUCAACCUGACAACCCGUUACAUCAGCAAUCCGCUAGACUUUUUGGUGGAAAUUUACGGCCGAUAAAGACGUGAGCGUAGGGGGUACUUCAAAUAGAAAAUAAAAUGCAUCAGCUAUAGUAACUGAGAGGAACUACCUUUGAAA